AUAUAGGGGUUCAUUCUUCGUCUAAAAAAAUUGUGUUCUUUGUGUUAAUAUGACCAAAUUGGGUCUCCAUUACUUUCUUCCAAAGAACCAGAAAACUGGAUAUUUUGGUCCGUAGAAGUUAGAAUUUGAACUAAUUAAAGCGAAGUGAGGAAAGUGCCGCAGUCACUACAGUUACAAACGCAGUGGUUUAGUUUCUACCGGAAAUCAAUUUCUCCUUUGAAAUUGCUUCGAUCAUUACCCGUUUCGGACCUUUUCUCACCGGCGGCGAAUCUAGCCCUAUCCUUCACUUUCUCAGGUUAUUCAUAUGGAUACUCAUCCUGAAGGUUUGCCUCAAUUCAUUCACAUAAAUCAGAAUGAUUUUUUCAUGCGAAGGCAUAAGAAGCAGAAGGAGGAGGAUAUUGCUGUAUGUGAAUGCAGGUAUAAUGAAGAUGACCCUUACAGUGCCUGUGCAGAUGGGUGUCUAAAUGUAUUAACCAGCACUGAAUGCACCCCUGGUCAUUGCCCUUGUGGCAUCCUCUGUAAAAAUCAGAAAUUUCAAAAGUGUGAGUAUGCAAAAACAAAGUUAUUUAAAACUGAAGGCCGAGGGUGGGGUCUUUUGGCUGAUGAGGACAUUAAGGCAGGACAGUUUGUCAUUGAAUACUGUGGAGAAGUAAUAUCAUGUAAAGAAGCCAAACGCAGAUCCCAUACAUAUGAAACUCAAGGUCUUAAGGAUGCAUAUAUCAUUUCUCUUAAUGCGUCUGAAUCCAUCGAUGCAACUAGAAAGGGAAGCAUUGCCAGAUUUAUUAAUCAUUCCUGUCAACCAAAUUGUGAAACAAGAAAAUGGAAUGUCAUGGGCGAAAUAAGAGUUGGUAUAUUCGCAAGGCAUGAUAUUCCUAUUGGAACUGAAUUGGCAUAUGACUAUAAUUUUGAAUGGUUUGGAGGUGCAAAGGUUCGCUGCCUCUGUGGUGCACUCAAAUGUUCUGGAUUCCUUGGAGCAAAAUCUCGUGGUUUUCAAGAGGAUACUUAUCUAUGGGAAGAUGAUGAUGACAGAUACUCAAUUGAGAAAAUUCCUUUAUAUGACUCUGCGGAGGAUGAACCGAUGUCAAAUGCUGAUGAACAAAGUGAACAAUCCAUGGAUAUUAUACUUAAAGUUGAGGAACUAUCAGAGGCCACUGCUUUUAAUGUUCAACCAGUCGAUUCAGUUGAGUUUAAGGAUUUAGAUGUUCAAAAAAUUAAAACUGAAAUAGUAAGCGAGGACAUGAAGUUGUACUCCCAAGAUACUGGACACGACCUUCCACAAAAGAACGCAAUGAUAUCACGCAUUCGAAGUAACACUGCAGGAAGAAACUAUCGCAUUGGACCUAGGUCCAUCUCUACCAAAAGAUCAAAGGCGCAGAGUGGGGGAAAGUUUAAAAAUCGCAUCCAGAAGAAAGUUGAUGCAAAGUAUGCAGCUGGCCUUUUAGCAUCAAAGGAAGCACAAGAAGAGAUCUUAGAUUAUGAGAAAAGAAAAGACAACGCCACAGACACUCUUGAUUCUUUAUACAACGAAAUACGGCCUGCCAUUGAAGAACACGAGAGGGAUACCCAAGACAGUGUAUCUACAACCGUAGCCGAGAAGUGGAUUCAGGCAUGCUGUCUAAAACUGAAAGCGGAGUUUGAUCUUUACUCAUCAAUUGUUAAAAAUGUUGCUUGUACUGCUCAAAAGGCACCUGGUCCAGCAAAAGCAACCGAAGUAGAUAACGAAAACAAAAAUAAGCUUUUGAGUGAUUGAAAUUCCUAUCACAUUUCACCCUAAUCUAAUCUAAUCUAAUCUGUAAUCGACGAUUUACAUAACAUAUGGACAACUUUGAGACAACAAAUCAUAAUCUUGUUCAUUACAGUAUAAUUUUGACAUGUUAUUGCUAGUUACAAA